UCAAUAGGCCCUUUCCAAUAUAAUAUGCAUAGAAUUUGUAUAUGCAUAUAGUUAUUAUUAUUAUUAUAGAAAGCUAUUAAAUAUCGCUAGAAAAUAAAAUUAAACUUCAAUGUUAAAUUUUUGUGUGAUAGUUUCAUGUCAAGUGCUAUUUACUUCGGCCCAAUUCCUGCUGGUCCAUACCGUGUUCCGACUCCUAACGCGUUGACGUUCCCGGCAUUCCCGUACCUGCCGGAAAACUAUCGGCUCGGAGAGAAAAUUAGCAUUUUAUUUCAACUUGUUUAUCCAGUGCACCAUAGAUAUAGGUAUGAUUUGUCUACCAGAUAACUCUUGUCACUUUCUUUCUUUAUUAUUUUUUCAUGUUGUGGUUUUUGAAAACCUGAUUUCAGUCGCUCGGAUUCUUUUUCAAUACCCAGUUGCUGCUUAAUUCCUCUUUUGGGUUUUUCUUUCGCUUAGCUUGAUAAACAUUGUGUCUUUGAUUGUACUAUGUGCUUAAAAAAGGGAUGUUCUUUGCUGUUGAAAGGUCAGAAAAAGUCUCUUCCUUUAAUCCUCAAUGUAAAUCCAACUUCCAAUGUUGAUCAACUUAAUGGUCAAAAUGGUAAAAACCCUGUUGACCCAAAGGAAUCUGAUGUAUUGAAGAGACUAAAAUAUGAAGAAAAUAUUUCAACUGCUUUAGAGCAUUUCAAAGGGGUUGCCAAUUCAAGCUCUUUCAAGCACGCCCCUUUAGCAUAUAAAAUAAUGAUGGAAAAACUCGAAAAGAAGCAGGAGAUGAACAGUGUUCAGUACCUCUUACAGCAGAUGAAAUUGGAGGGUAUUAGUUGUUUCGAAGAUACAUUUAUCAGUGUGAUUGAUGCCUAUAGGAGAGGUAAGGCGGCAGAGCAGGCAUUGAAGACAUUCUACAGGAUACAGGAUUUUGGGUGUAAGCCUACAGUUAGGAUAUAUAAUCAUCUCUUGGAUGCUUUGCUCAGUGAAAAUAGGUUUCACAUGAUUAAUCUUAUUUGUAGUAACAUGAAGAAAGAUGGGACUGUUCCCAACGUGUAUACGUAUAACAUUCUUCUUAAAGCAUUGUGCAAGAACAAUAGAGUUGAUGGAGCUCAGAAGUUACUUGUGGAAAUGUCAAACAAGGGCUGUUCUCCUGAUGAAGUGAGCUAUACAACGAUUGUGUCUUCCUUGUGUAAGUUUGGUAAAGUAAAAGAAGCCAGAGAACUAGCCAUGAGAUUCACUCCUGCCAUUCCUAUUUAUAAUGCUCUGAUAAAUGGUCUUUUUAAGGUAUAUAAUAUUAAGGAGGCAGUUGAUUUGUUGGAUGAGAUGGCUUACAAGGGAGUUGAUCCUAAUGUCAUCACGUACACUACGAUUUUAAAGGCAUUUGCUGACCAAGGAAAUCUUGGUCUUUCUUGUGCUAUGCUGAGCAAGAUGUUUGUUAGAGGCUGUUCUCCAAAUAUUCAUUCGUUUACUUGUUUGAUUAAGGGAAAUUCAUUGAUGGGACGAUGGUAUGAAGCUCUUGAUGUGUGGGAUGGUAUGAUCAAAGAGGGAAUUUUCCCCAAUGUUGUAGCAUAUAAUACACUUCUCCAUGGUCUGUGUUUGGCUGGUAAUAUGAAUAUGGCUGUGUCUGUUUGUUGUGCAAUGGAAAGGAGUGACUGCCAUCCAAAUUCAACAACCUACAGCACCCUCAUUGAUUGCUUUGCUAAAUCUGGAAAUGUGAGUAAAGCAUCUGAGAUAUGGAAUAGGAUGAUAAAUCUUGGUUGCCGUCCAAAUGUUGUGGUAUAUACAUGUAUGGUUGAUGUACUCUGCAGGAAUUGCAUGUUUGAACAAGCUUACUGUCUUAUAGAUAACAUGGUAAUAGAAAAUUGCCCCCCAAACACCAUUACUUUUAACACAUUCAUCAAAGGUUUGUGUUGUAGUGGCAGAAUUGAAUGGGCAGUGAUGCUAUAUAAUCAAAUGGAAAGAUUUGGUUGCUCUGGUAAUACUACCACAUAUAAUGAGUUGUUGGAUGGUUUAUUCAAAUGUAACAACCUUACGGUAGCACUUCAGCUUGUUAGGGAGAUGGAGGAAAAAAUUAUUGAAUUUAAUUUAGUUACGUACAACACUAUAGCAUCUGGUCUCUGUCAUAUGGGGAUGCUUGAGGAAACUGUAAAACUUGUGGCAAAAAUGUUGGUUAGGGGAAUUACACCUGAUGUUCUCACCUUCAACAUACUUAUGGACGCAUACUGUAAGGGUGGUAAAGUUGAAUCUGCAAAGCAACUUCUGAAUGCUAUGUAUCAACUCGGCUUGCGUCCAUGUUUCAUAUCCUAUACCUGUCUGAUAGGUGGACUGUGCAAUUGGAUUAGUUUGGAAGCUGCUAUCUGUUGCCUUCAGAGGAUGAUAACUGAUGGCGUUCCACCCAAGAUAUCGACAUGGAAUGUUGUAGUCCGUCAUUUGUUGUGCAAGAUGGGCUAUACAAGUGCACUACAAUAUCUAGAGAGUAUAUUGGCAGCAGACUGAAGGUGUGAACUUGCUUCAGCCGAUUGGAAUGAUGAAUACACGAAAAAACUUUUCUGUGGAUAUGAAAGCAGUAGUUGCAGUUAAAGCAAUUUUACGAUGGAGGGUCCUUCUCCAGACCUGCAUUGACGAAGUGGCAUUAACUUGUUUAGGAGAUAUGGCUAGUAAGAAUCCCUCAGAAGAAGUUUAACAUCAUCUUAUCAUGUUUAUGUUAGUUUACUGGUUUUGUUCUCACCUUGUUGAUCCCCAGCUUAUCAGCUGAUUUAACUUAUCUAUUGAAUAGAUUUUGCAGGUGAAUCCUAAUUUCAUUUGCUGUUGACUUGAGGAAUUCGGAGACCCACCAAAAGAUCUUGCAGUCUGUAUAGUUUGGAAGAAGUUUCAUGAGAAAUCCCUACCAAGGGUAUCUCUUUGGUGUGUCCCAAGAAGUGACAGGGCAGAACCAGGAACCAGACAUGAAAAUGGCAGCCAUAAUUUUUGUAGAACUCCACUGGUCUUUUUGGCAUGAAUCUUUGCAAGAGGCAUUAUGCAUAGAAUGAGAAGGGGUGAUUUAACUGUAAACGAUAAUUUAAGCUGGGUCUUGCUUGGAGAAUAAAACAAAUCAGUAUUUGAAAAUCUCAGAUACAACUUCAUCAUUGGCAUUGGCCUUUCUUUUGACCCAUUUUCCUAUUCUAUCACGGGAUAUGUGGCAUUGUCCGACUACUGACCAGCUAUGGCAGCUAUUUUUAACUUUGCUGGUAUCAAAUGGUUUGUGCCUAGGGACACACAUUAUCUUUUGCCCUGUAAAUACGUACAGAGGUCUUUACACAGAAUCUUUUGCCCUGUUAGUACGUACAGAGGGCUGUACAAAGCAUGAAAUAAUUGGGAUACAUGAUUCCAGGUUGUACCUAGUGGGUGAUUAAAUGUUUUGAAGAGAAGCGGAAAUCAAUUUGGGGGAUUAAAUUAGAUUGUAUCUCAGUUACUUCAUUUUUGGUGUAUAAAGGAAUAUGCAAGUGAGGCAGAAUCUUUUACUAGAUUUCAUUGAUUUCCCUCUGAGAUUUAGAAGUGGGCUAUAUUUUUGGGCCUUUUUGCUCACUGUA